AUUAUAGUGGCAACGGAUUAUUUUACCAAAUGGGUGGAGGCUAAACCAAUGAAGAAGGUAGACCAAUCUGAUGUAAUCAAGUUCAUCAAAGAGGACAUUAUUCACAAAUUUGGUCUGCCAGAAACGAUUACAACAGACCAAGGCACAGUUUUUGUCAGCCAUCAGGUGGAGGCAUUUGCAAAGGAAAUGGGUUUCCGUUUGUUAAAUUCUACUCCUCAUUAUGCACAAGCUAAUGGGCAGGCGGAAGCUUCUAACAAGGUGGUGAUUAAUUUGCUUGAAAAAAUGGUGGAUGACAAUCCCAGACGCUGGCAUGAAUUAUUGUCUGAAACAUUGUGGGCUUAUAGAACUUCACAGAGGAGUUCAACCAAAAUGACACCUUUUGCCUUGACAUAUGGCCAUGAUGCAGUCUUGCCAAUGGAGUUAAUAGCCAGGUCUUUAAGAAUAGCAAUUCAGCAUAAUCUCCAGUCUGGAGAAUACGAUGAGGCCAUGAUGCUUGAGCUUGAGGACCUUGAAGACACACGUUUGAUAGCUUUGGAUAGAUUGCAAGCUCAAAAACUCAAAAUUGCAAAGUCUUACAACAAGAGGGUAAAAGGUAAAAAUCUGGCAGUUGGUGACUUGGUCGGGAAAGCAAUUUUACCUCUUGGCAAGAAAGAUCACAGAUUUGGGAAAUGGUCCCCAAAUUGGGAAGGACGAUUCUGAAUUCAUGAAGUGUUGAGAGGGGGUGCUUAUUGGUUAGAGUCACUUGAUGAAGAGCUACAUCCCAGAAAAAUCAAUGGAAUUUAUCUCAAGCCUUAUUUCCCCACAAUUUGGGAGGCAGGAGGCUUAGAGUUCCAAGAAGCUGUCUGAGCCAGGUUUAUACUUUUGUCUAUGCACAAAUAAAUUAAUUUGCUUUCA